CCCCGCUUGGACCCGGUCCUGCUUCUGUUGUUGUUGUUGUUUUUAAGGGGAUCGUGUUUUUGUUUGUUUGUGCCCGAGUCGACCUGGAGCUCCUGGGUGCAGAGCGGAGCGCGCGGCGCGGAGUGUCCAUGGAUUUCCAUCCAGUGGAAGUACCCUGAGAGUUCACCUGAGCUUUACUCCAUCACCUCCUGCUCCGACUUUGUUUUUUUUGUUUGUUUGUUUUUGUUUGUUUGUUUGUUUUUGACGCGCAGAGGAAACGAUGCUCGUGGCAGCCCUGUGCGUGGUUCUGUCGCUUCUGGGUGCGCCUGGCUCCGCGCAGGAGAACCUGCGCGCGGGGGCCCCCCGGCUGGACUGCGUGCGGGCCAGCGAGCAGUGUCUGCGGGAGCAGGCGUGCAGCACCAAGUACCGCACCAUGAGGCAGUGCGUGGCCGGCGGGAAGGAGAGCAACUUCAGCCUGGUGGCCGGCCAGGAGGCCAAGGACGAGUGCCGGAGCGCCAUGGAGGCGCUGAAGCAGAGCCCGCUGUACCACUGCCGCUGCAGGAGGGGCAUGAAGAAGGAGAAGAACUGCCUGCGCAUCUACUGGGGCAUCUACCAGACCCUGCAAGGUAACGACUUCGUGGAGGAGUCGCCGUACGAAGCGGUGAACAGUCGCCUGUCGGACAUCUUCCGCCUGGCCCCCAUCAUAGAGGGUGGGCAGUCGUGGAGCAGCUCCGCCACCUCGGCUCCAGGCAGGGGGGCUGCUGAGGACAGGGGUUCCCAGAGCAGAGAGGCUAUUCUGGGCAGAGGGGCCCCCUCCUCCACAGAACUUCAGGAUCCCAGUAGAAACAGGAGAGCUCAUCCCAAUUGGGCCAUAUUGGGUGAACCUGCAGUGGCUCGAGAGAAUAACUGCCUGAAUGCCGCCAAGGCUUGCAACCUGAACGACACGUGUAAGAAGUACCGCUCUGCCUACAUCAGCCCGUGCACCAGUCGUGUCUCCACCGCAGAAGUCUGCAACAAGAGGAAGUGCCACAAAGCUCUGCGGCAGUUCUUUGACAAGGUUCAUCCAAAGCACAGCUACGGCAUGCUGUUCUGCUCAUGUCCCAUCAGCGACCAGACAGCGUGCUCUGAACGCAGGCGUCAAACCAUCGUUCCUGUCUGUUCAUAUGAUGAAAAACAGAAACCCAACUGUCUGGAGCUACAGGCCUCCUGCAAGACCAACUACAUCUGCAGGUCACGACUGGCUGACUUCUUCGUAAACUGCAUGCCGGAUCCUCGCUCACUGUCAGGAUGUUUGAAGGAGAACUACGCUGACUGCCUCCUCUCAUACUCGGGGCUGAUUGGUACGGUCAUGACUCCAAACUACCUGCGCACACCCAAAAUCAGCGUCUCCCCCCACUGCGACUGCAGCAACUGUGGCAACAAGAAAGAUGAGUGUGACAAGUUCACCGAGUUUUUCACGGAGAACAUCUGCCUCCGUAAUGCCAUCCAGGCUUUUGGGAACGGAACAGACAUUGGGAUAGGACCACAGAUAUCUCCUGUUCAGACCACCACCUCCAUCACCACACCCAACCAAAGAAAACUCAUCGACAGCACCAGCAAUAACUAUAUUAACACAGACCCCGGCUUCUACCAAUUCUGUGGCAAUUUACAGGCUCAGAAGUUGAAAUCAAACUCAACUGUUGAUGUCUGUUCGUCGGACCCUCAAGCUCCUAAGGUAGACGAUCCAAGUGCAUCCAAUUCCAUCCUGAAAGACUCGGCUGUCAGCAGAUGGUUUGCUGACCUAGCCUCCCUGCUUCCCCCACUGCUCUGGAUGUGGUACUCCAGCUUCACCUCACUAGGCUCCUUGUAG